GUUUCUUUUUUGUACUAAUGUAACGGUCAUCGAGACGAUUCAAUGUUGGCUGUUCAACGAAUAAAGUUAUCAUACACAAGUGCUUUAAUAAGUACCUUAUUAUUUAGUUUAGUAUAAGUUUAUUAAGUGUAUUAUAUUAUGGAAAAGGUGGAGGAAUUUUUACAAGACAUAGGUAUCGGUUUGAGACCUGUAAACGACCUAUUUUUUGAAGAUUCAUACCGAGUUUGUAAGAUUUUCCAGCGGAAAGGUGUCAUUGUUGAAGAUGACGAAGAAUUAUGUCACGACUUCAUAAAACAAUUCUCAUGUUUCGUCACUGGCUGUGAUGCCACAUUCAAAACUUUAGUAGAGUAUGAAAUACACUACAAUAGUAGUCAUCGGUACGUUUGUGCAGAGUGCAGAAAAUUUUUGCCAAAUCCGAGAUUGUUGGAUAUUCAUCUUCAAGAAAAUCAUGACAGUUUUUUCCAAGUUCUAUCUGAGAAACAGCCAAUGUAUCAAUGUUAUCUUUCUGAAUGCGACGUCAAAAGUAAAAAUGCAAUAGAAAGAAGGGAACACUGUAUAAAAGUCCACAAGUUCCCAAAAAAUUUCCGUUACGACAAUGCUUUUCAUUCUAUAAGAAACGAGCCAAAAGACAAAAUGGAUGUCGAGGAGCCAGAAAACGAAAAGGAACAGCCAAAACAAAAGAGGGUUCAAUUGAAUAAAAAUCAGAAAACUAAGAUGUUCCCUCCUUCUUCAGCAAAGCCUACUAUCCCAGUGAAUUUUAAUAUUAACGACAGUCACUUACCUAUUGCAUAUCCUAGUAAAAGUUCAUCGUCUUUAGUUUUCGUUCCUAGACAGGUGCAGAGGUCAUAUACGAAGGCACUUACAAAAAAUCAGAGUAGCGAAAAGAAUGUUUUGGAAACAGAAAAUAUGAUGGACUUGGCCGUGUCAUUGCCUACAUGAGACUAUUGAUUAAAAUACUGACGAAACGUGAGGGUGAAAGUGAUUUUACAAGGAACAUUUAUUAAAAACAUAUCUUAAAUACGCAACAAUGUAUUACACAAAAUAGUUUAAGGUGUUCCUGUACUAUAUAGCUUUAUCAUUCUCUUUAUUGACUCUGUUCGUUGAAAAUACGCAACAAUGUAUGUACAGAAUAGCUCGAGGUAUUUAUGCACUAUAAAACUACAUCUUUUUCGUCAUUGAUUCUUCAUCCAAUAAGCAUGUCUAUUUCAAUAAAUUCGUUUAAUCAGUG